AUGCGCCUCCUCCUGGGACUCCUUUUCCCCCUCAGCGUGACCAGCGUGGCCGGGCUGGCCCGGGCAGGCCGCAGGGUCUGUGCCGCGGUGCCGCGGAGCCGGGCGGUUGCCUACACCGAGUCCCACGUGCAGCCCGUGUACCAGCCCUACCUCACUACCUGCCAGGGCCACCUCUGCAGCACAUACAGGACCAUCUAUAGGGUUGCCUACCGGCAGGGGGGAAACUGGGCCUCGUCCUGCCCCGGGUGGAGCAGGGCUGAUGGACACGCCCUCGGCUGCAACAGAGACGUGGACGAAUGCGCCGGGCAGAGCCAUGGGUGCAGCCAGCUCUGUCUCAACACGGCCGGGAGCUACCACUGCGCCUGCCAGGACGGCUUCAGCCUCGCUGCCGACUACAAGAGCUGCCAGCCCCUGGUGCCAGCGCCAGAGCCAGAAGACUUCAGCCAAGCAGGUGCCCCCAGUGAAGUGAAGGAAGAAAUGGAAGACCUGAGGAGCAGAGUGGAAGCGCUGGAGCAGAAGCUCCAGUUGGUGCUGGCCCCCUUCCACAACCUCAUGCCAUCCGCGCCCGAGGACGUCGGCGCAGACCCCAUCAGCCGCUUGUCCCACUCCCUGCAGCAGCUGGACAGGAUCGAGUCCCUGAGUGAGCAGAUCUCCUUCCUUGAGGAGCGGCUGGAGACAUGUUCCUGCAAGAAUGAACUCUAG